AUGUCAACGCCGGAGCAGGAAACAAAACGAUAUGUGGGGAAGCUGAAGUCUGUGGGCGGGAUGUACGGCUUCAUUACAUGCCCAGAAUUAUCCGAGACAUUUUCACGAGACGUGUAUGUGACUCACGGGGAUUAUGCGGGCAAAUGGGAGGUCGGGACAUCGGUGAGCUUCACUGUGGCAGUGAAUGACAAAGGGAAGCCACAGGCGAGGGACGUGCAGCAGAUUGUCGAGGACUCUGUCGAGGAUCAUCGUGAGAUUGUUGUCGAUACCUCGUCAGACCAGAACUUGGACCAGAACUACACAUCCUCUCCAGCGGGAACUGGGUUUGUGACUCCACUGAGCCAGCCACAGAUGCCAGCAACUCCUGCAAGCAGCCAGUUGCCGAUGACGCCGGCAAGCCAGCAACCCACUCCGGCAGCUAUGGCCCCACAACGAACUCGCCUGCCAUCAUCCAGUUGGGCAGAUAUGGUGGACGAUGACGAAGAGGUGCUAUCAGAUGGACAAGCUGAGUCGGAGCCGGCAGUGCCGAUGAUGACGGCAGAGCCAGAAAUUCCUGUGGAACCCACGCCUUCGACAUGCGAUGCUCCCAAGAAGGCUUCUACUCUGGUCCAGGAGUUUAACUUGGACCCAAACCUCGCCGGAUUCGUGCUUUUGGAUGCCCUUGAGACGGCGAUUGCAGAGAACCAGCCGGAGACAAUGGAAGGUCCCCCAGCGCAGUCGGAGGUCGUGCACGCUCCCACACAGACGGAGCUCAGACAGCAGGGGAACAGGUUUCUGUCCCUGCCGUUGACCGCCCUGUCCUUCGGAAGUACGGAAACCAUGGAUCAAAUUGAUCAAAUUGAGCGAACACCCGAUGCAUUUGAGGGAGAAGUCGCCUCCUGCCUUGGUUUCUCCAUGGGCGCUCAGGAGCAGAAAGAGGAGCCACAGCUGCCUGCUCCAGCCGCUGCUCACCCCAGUGAGAGCAGGAGCCAAGGAGAGCGCCGAGUGAGUUCAGCGCAGGCCAUCGCGGGCAGGGUCAAGGCUGCUUUGGUGGAGACGCAAGAGGCUCGCAAAAAUCUUCUGGGACCACCACCGCUGGACGAUGCCCCUGAGAAGCCACGCUGGCCUUCUCGCAUCCAAGCUCGACGAAUGACGCGGGAAGUGCAGCACGAGCAGCUGCAGUGGCACCAGCAGCAGGGUCUAUGGCCACAGACAUUGAAUCGAGGGCCACGCCCGCCGAAUGUUCCUCCGCCGGCAGUGCUGCAAGAGCCCCCUGGCCCACCACCCGAUCCCAACAAGAAGAGGUUGUCCGCUACAGCGCCGGUGUUCCAGCCCGGUCAGUCCUGGCAGCUUGAGGCAAGCCCAUCACAGCAAGGACAGAGUGCAAUGCCGCCACCACUCCAGAGCCAGGCACCGAUCCCCAUGCCAGCCAGUCAAAAGCAGCCGGGACCUCCUGGACCUCCGGGACCUCCCCGCCCUCCACCACGUGACCAUCGCUCCCCGCCGCAAGGCUUUCAGAUGCAUGGUCAGGGCCCUCAGCAAGAACUUCGAUCUCGCCCCGAAGCACGCUACAAAGGAGCGGGGCCACACUGGGAAGGACCACACGGACCGCAGGAGCACUACCCGGCACAGUACCAAGGACGGCCGUCGCACUACCAGUCCCAGGCACCGCAUAUGUCAGCACCUGCGCAGGGCCCCGGAGCCUAUCCACAGGCUCGCUGGCCCGAUGAAGUUCCCGAGUCCCGAGCCCGCGAGGGCCGCGAGGCCCGCGAGGGUCAAGGCAAGCGCCGUGGAAACGAUCCAAGCGGAGGCAAUGGAUGGGGUAGCGCUGAGAGCUGGGAGGUGGAAUCAAAGCGUCACUGGCCCGGGCCGUCGGGGCCCAGACCACAGGAGCGCUGGGAGGAGGGACAGUGGGAGGGCUGGGAGGAAGAAGGUGGUGGAAGCUGGGCUGAUUGGGAGCCGCAGCGCGGAAACUGGACAAACAAGAACUGGAACGAAUGGCGUGGAUGGGAGGAAAGAGAAUGGAGCAGACGGAGCCAUGAGGGAAAAGGGAAGGAGAAGGGCAAGAAGCAGCAACGGCCACCCAUGCGAGCUCGUAAGGGCAGUGACGAGGUUACUGUCAUUUCAUCGACCAGCUCAUCUUCGUCGUCCACGCCAUCUCCACCACCAAAAGAGGAUCGCAGCAACGGCGGAAAAGGAAAUGGCCGAGCUCCACGGGCGGCGCUGCGGAAAAUGUAUCAGGAGCAGCGGGAGGCUGAGAGGGGCAACGGCAACCAUGGCAACCCUGGAAAACGACGGGAGCAGGACCAUCGUCGCCAGCGAGAUUGCAACGUCGCCGCUUUGCACAGCUGUACGGGUCCGGUACCUUGCGCUCUCAUGGACUUGUUCAGCCUUCAGGUAGCGGUAGGUCUGCCUCCAUGUGCGCUCUCGAGGAAUCGCCGCCCAUGCCCUGUUGGGGGAACUUCGGCUUUCAGGAUGAGUGAGAAUCGCAGCACUUCUCCCCCGAAGGGCCGCGUUGGCUCCCAAAGCGUGUUUGGAACAAAGGCUUCCCUGGUAGCCAACACAGUUCGUGCUCGGAUUGGGGGCAGGUUUGCUGCUCUCCACAUCCCGCAAAGCGAGGCAGAAAAGCUUGAGCGGGUGGCCAAGGAUGCAACAGAGCAAAGAAAGCUGAGGGCUUUGCCAGAGGCAGGCUUGUCGCUGGAGUAUGCUUAUGGCUUUAAUGGCCGAAGAUGCCAAAACCUGUACGACCUCGGCAAGCUGUCUUAUUGCUAUAGCGUGGCUGCCUUGGGGGUGGUAUGGGACGACGAAAAAAAGGAGCAGCGGAUUUUUCAGGGGCAUACAGCCGAGAUCACGGCAAUGGCAUGCUGCAGUCGGUCACGGCGGAUCGCGACGGGACAGAAGAUGGCACCGGGGGAAACCUCCGCGAACAUCUUACUCUGGUCUGCGGAGGAACUUCCAGUUCCAAGCAUGAGGCAACAGAUCUUAGGGCACAAUCAGGCCAUCUACUCCAUCGCCUUCUCGGCAGACGGGCGAUGGCUGCUGUCUGUUGCAGCUGAAGAACGCGGCCAAAAGCCUUCGAAGAACGAGCUUAAGGCCAAUACCUCGCCCCUUUGCGCUUGGCGCAUUGACGACAUGCCGUCCAAAGGUCCGGCUCGUCAGAUCCGCGCGCCGCAGACCCGUUUGCCCAUCAGGGAGAAAGUCCGCUUGGUGUCGCACCCAACAGACAGCACACGCGUCAUGGCCUACGGUGGUCGGAAUGUCUACUUCAUCACCUGCAGCUGGGCCGCCAAAGAUGCUGCUCAGGGCGCCAAGAUACUCACGCCGACACCUCCACCUCCGCACGACACUGCUGGUGGCCCCUUUUACGGCUUCAAGACAGGCUGCUUCAUCUCGGGGUCAUCCGAUCUGGCGGUCGUUGGAACGGAUGGAGGAGUCUUUGUGAUUGAAGCCUUCUCUGCUGAUGGGCCCGUUUGUUUGCGCGGGCUUGCAAUUACCACCUUCGAGGUUCGCUUCUUGGUGCCACUGUCGUCAGGGGAUGUGGUCUGUGGUGGCUCUGGCGAGUCCAUUCUGCUAUUGCGUUCUGAUCUCUCAUCUACGCAGAUGAAGGUGGCCGGGCUGGCUCGGAAUAUUUUGGAUUUCGCCACAGCCACCCAGAUUGAGUCAACGGCAGGCCCACAGAUCUUAGCCGGAACUGUCAACGGUGCUCUUUGCCGAAUACGGAUGAAUGUGGGCGCUGGCUACGGCUCCGCAGAGUUGUUGCAGCAGUCGCCUUCUGGUAGGGCAGAGGUUAAGGCACUCUGCGUCAACCCGCGAAAUCCGAACCAAGUGGCCGUUGCGGACUCCAAUGGCCUCAUUAUGUUCUUUGACUUAGACGUGCAAAGACUGAUGGAUGUUGCCAAUCAAUUCCGAGCAGCGGUGACAGCUAUGACAUGGGAUCCCACUGGCUUGCUGCUGGCUGUAGGCCUUGAGAGUGGCCACCUGCGAUGCCUGAUCAUCGGAGAUCUUGAGGCCGGGAGAAUGUCGGAGCUUGAUAUGGGCAGCCUCGGACUUCCGGAAACUGCCGCCGUCACGGCUCUCUGCUUCUCGCCCGGCCCUGGCGCUCUGCUAGCUGUCGGCUAUAGGGACGGGCGGGUUCAACUUCUACAAGUGCGUCGACCACUAGUUGGAGGCACAAAUGGCUCCACCUUCCAGCUGGCUCCUCUCAAGGUAUUGCAGGGCAACGCGAGUGCCGUCUUGUCUUUGCAGUUCGCGAAGGACGGCUCUGCUUUGGCCAGCAAUGAUAGCGCCAUUCUGUGUUGGGAUGUGGAAACCGGCAAGUCAGUGCCGGCGAACUUCCCUGCAGAUGUUUGGUUUGGAAAUGGGCACAGAUUCAGGUUGGCCAUGUCUUGGGCUAUGUGGGGUGCCUGGAACAAAGACAGCUACAAGUCCAGCACGGCCAUCAUCGCCGAGUCGCAGGGGGUGGCCAAGCUCAUGGCAGUUGGGGAUGAGGACGGCCUCGUCAAGCUGCAAAGGUUUCCGCUCUUUAUCCCCGAUGCUUUGGCCAAGGAGCACUUCGGCCAUUGCUCUCGAAUUGCUGGUCUUGCUUGGGCUGGUCCAGAUCGUCUCGUCACUGCCGGUGCGGGGUCGUGUGCACUCUUGCAGUGGCGCCUGGACACCAGCCGGCGCAAGCAGGAGGAGGUGGCGAGCAAGGAGACGACUGCAGCUGUUGGAACAGCGUCGGUGAGGUCGGCGAGGAGUGCAGGUGCUGGCCGACGACCCGCCACAGCCUCCGGAGCAUCACAGUCCUCGACGGCGAGAAGCAAGUCGCAGUCCUCAACAGGAGGCCCAGCUCGGACACGGCCGUCAGGCAACCUGCAAAGUUCCAGGCCAACGAGUCGUUCAAGCCGACAGCAGCGAGCGAGCGACUCCAUCGCCAGUUUGGCAUCCACACGGCCCAACAGCCGAAGCCGUGCCAGUUCUCGGCUGCGAGGUACCACCGUGACAGAGUCGAGGGAGUUUGCAUUCAAGGCCCGAACAGAGGAACGCUUCAAAGAUGCUUCGGUGCAGACGGACCCACCGAGCAUGGUGACCCAACGAAACAUCGUGACGUUGUCUGCCCCCGUCAACUAUGCCAACUAUCCUCCUGGCCGCUUCAUUGCUAUCAACCAGGAAGCCUUCGGUUCGUGGCAGGCACAAUCCCGUCCCACAUCGCCGAUCCGGUACGCAUCGCCACCAAGGCUGGUGUCGAUGCCGCCGGGGUUCGGCCAGCCGCUUCCUUACAUGUCUCCGCCAGAUGCCAAGCGGUCACCAUCCCUUGCGAUGGUGGCCGUUUCCCCUCCAAGUGUCCAAGAAGGAAGCUGUGGGACGGAUCUUGCUCAAGGCCCACCAGGAGUUGCAAGUCCAGCAGUGCCAACGGUGUUCCGAUAUGUUUCUGCAGCUUCGGCGUUGAACCGCGGCAAGAUGCAGCAGUUUAUAUGGCUUUGCCCGAAUUUGACCGGCUCCAUCGAGUCCGCUUGCCACCAGUCCACCAAGGGCCCAGACGCCACCGCCUGUGCACAUCUCCCCAAGGAUCUACCAGCCCGCGCCCGCGGCCACCGCCACAGAACCUGUUGCGACGCUUAUGAUGCCACCAUCUCGAAUGGGACUGAAGCUGCCAACGCCAGCGUCGACAAUCUCGGCCUGCAACAGCGGCGAUGUGUCGCACCUUUGCUGCAGCGCUCCGUAGGCUUCGCGUUGAUGGGCCCAAAUCAAAGUGCAGACUUUCGUUUUGCCAGACGCUUUCAUUGUAGGUACGGGCCGCCUCCAUCGUACGGCCGUGACAUUGGAUACGGCAAAAUGGAGGGCAGGCCGCGAUCCGGGGGAAGAGACCGGCUGAGAGGAAGACGAAGAGGAGCAGACGGACGCAGGGGCCGUAGCAGAUCCCCUGGCCGGGGUGCCCGCGCCAAGAAGAGAAGGAAGAAUAGGAAGCCGAAGAGUCCGGGAGAGCCACCGCCGAAGUGGGGCGAGACCUGGGAGGAGCCCCGUGAAUCCAACGGCUUGAAGCUGAUAUCGGAGGCUGCGCCCAAGUCUCUUCCAUGGCGGCUGGUCCUCAACGACGAGUCUCGGCGCUGCUUUGCGGCCUUUAUGCCCUCGCCGGUGCCCCAACAACGCCUCCAGGCUUUUUUCAGAACGAUUCGGGAUGGCACGACGUGGCUGCAGCCCGAUGGCCCGCAGGGCCUAAUGCCAAGGAAGACGGCCUGGAUGGUCCGGCCUGGUUGCACCUGUCCCUACAGAUACGGAGGCGUGUUGGUGGAGCCACAGGUCUUUCCUUCUUGGAUGAGCGAUGUUCUUCGAACCUACAUGCCGUAUUGCGGGUUCCAGCGAGAGGAGGACUGGCCUGAUAGCUGCAAUGUCAACCUCUACGAGGAUGGCUCGAACUCUGUGGGCUGGCACUCUGAUGACGAGGCCUUGUUCCAGGGCUUGCUCCAGGAUACGCGAAUCAUCUCGCUGUCGCUUGGACAGCAGAGGAAGUUCGAUCUGAGGAAGAACUGGCCGGAGGACGGUUUGGUUCAGCUUGGCGUAGCGCUCCUCACUAGCCGGCGGCCGCCGUUUUUGUGCAUGGGCAUGUAA